UCUUCCUGCAACUUCUUCAUUCAUGUCCUCUCUCUCUCUCUCUCCUCCCUGAAUAAUUUCGCCCCACUCUCUUCUGUCUAGAUUUCUGCGCACCUGCCAAUUGGACGGCGGCCACCUCGGUGCCUGUGCUCUGGGUGGCACCGAAGCUUUGAUCUUGCCGAGGUUUUGGGGACCAGAGAUUGGGGUUUUUUUGUUGCGUUUUCCUGGUGGUUUAGGAAUCACUCUCGGUUGAUCUCUCUUGUAUGGUGUGUCUGGAACUAGUGGGAGCGGGUAUUGCUAGCUCGGUCUUCCGAAUCCUCGGUUCUUGGUCCUGAUUCGGAGAUUUUUCCGGCGCGAUUCUUCUUGGUCCCUGGCUCUUGGACCAAACCCCCCAUUUUUCGGUUCUUGCUGGGAUCGGAGAGGGGUGAGCUUGCUCUGCAAAUUUGAAGCGGCAUUCUGGUUUGGAUGAUUCUUCUAUUUCCCUGGCCAUUCUAAAAAGAUUGCUGUUUGCGCUGGCCAAGGCGACGCUCGUAGAUUUGAGGAUUUCGGGUGGAACAGCGAGUAAGAGGACCAAGAGCCAAGAGCUGUACUUGAUUCUGGAAUUCUGUUUGGGGAGUUCAAGGCUUGCGAAAAAAAAUUGUGUCUUUUGCUGCAAAGAUCGAAUUCGCAGCCAUUGGGAAAGUUCCUGGUGUGGGUUUUGAGGUUGAAGGAGGCUCAUGGCGUCGGCACCGGAUACGGAGACGACCAACCAUGGGGGCAUGUGGGAGCUGGGUCAGGAUCUUGAUGAGCCCAUUGAUGAGGAGGCCAGCCGGCUGAAGAACAUGUACAUGGAGAAGAAGUUUUCAUCGGUUCUGUUACUCCGGCUCGCAUUUCAGAGCCUUGGUGUAGUCUUUGGUGACUUAGGUACAUCGCCAUUGUAUGUCUUCUACAAUAUAUUUCCGCAUGGUGUCCAAAAUGAUGAGGAUGUUAUUGGGGCUCUUUCAUUGAUCAUUUACACCCUCACACUCAUUCCUCUGAUGAAGUAUGUUUUUGUUGUCUUACGGGCGAAUGAUAAUGGUCAAGGUGGCACAUUUGCACUUUAUUCUCUACUUUGCCGGCACGCAAAGGUCAGCACUAUACCGAACCAACAUAAGACCGAUGAAGAACUAACAACAUAUAGCCGACAAACUUAUGAGGAGAAUUCACUUGCAGCAAAAGUGAAGAGAUGGCUAGAGGGACAUGCAUAUAAAAAGAACUGUCUUCUUAUUCUUGUUCUCAUUGGCACAUGUACCGCCAUUGGAGAUGGGAUCCUUACUCCAGCUAUAUCAGUUCUCUCUGCGACUGGUGGAAUAAGAGUUCAGAAGCCAACUAUGAGCACAGAUGUGGUUCUGAUCAUUGCGGUGAUCAUAUUAAUCGGCCUAUUCAGCAUGCAACACUAUGGGACAGAUAAAGUUGGAUGGCUCUUUGCCCCUUUAGUAUUCCUUUGGUUUAUUCUAAUUGGGAGCGUUGGGGCCUACAAUAUACACAAGUACAAUAGUUCAGUUCUAAAAGCAUAUAAUCCAGUCUAUAUCUACCGGUUUCUCCGGCGAGGGAAGUCUGAGAUCUGGACCUCUCUUGGAGGAGUCAUGCUUAGCAUCACAGGGACAGAAGCAUUAUUUGCUGAUCUAUGUCAUUUCCCUGUAUUGGCUAUUCAGAUUGCUUUUACAUUAGUGGUGUUCCCUUGCCUUCUCCUUGCAUACACUGGGCAAGCUGCUUAUAUUAGUGUCAACAAGGACCAUGUAGUUGAUGCCUUCUAUCGUUCCAUUCCAGAAACCAUAUAUUGGCCAGCAUUCAUCAUCGCAACUCUUGCAGCAGUAGUUGCGAGCCAAGCCACAAUAUCUGCUACGUACUCAAUUGUAAAGCAGGCUCUUGCACUAGGUUGUUUUCCCCGCGUCAGUGUUGUGCACACCUCAAAAAAAUUCCUUGGACAGAUUUACAUCCCUGACAUCAAUUGGGUACUUAUGAUUCUUUGCAUUGCUGUGACUGCUGGGUUUAAAAACAAAAUCCAGAUAGCAAAUGCAUACGGCACUGCAGUUGUGAUAGUUAUGCUGGUAACAACAUUCCUCAUGGUCCCGAUAAUGCUGCUGGUCUGGAAGAGCCACUGGAUCCUUGUGGUCACCUUUCUCGUGCUCUCGUUGAUGGUGGAGUUUCCAUACUUUAUGGCAUGCAUCAAUAAAGUGGACGAAGGUGGUUGGGUCCCACUUGUCGUCGCAACCAUCUUCUUCAUCAUCAUGUAUGUGUGGCAUUUCUGCACCGUGAAGCGGUAUGAAUUUGAGAUGCACAGUAAGGUCUCCAUGGCCUGGAUUCUAGGACUUGGGCCGAGCCUUGGUCUUGUUAGAGUCCCUGGGAUCGGCUUUGUGUACACAGAGUUGGCAAGUGGCGUCCCGCACAUCUUCUCCCAUUUCAUCACCAACCUCCCUGCCAUCCACUCGGUUGUCGUCUUUGUAUGUGUCAAAUACCUUCCAGUGUACACUGUCCCAGUUGAAGAACGGUUUGUCAUGAAGAGGAUCGGGCCAAAGAACUUCCACAUGUUCCGCUGUGUCACGAGGUACGGGUACAAGGACAUCCACAAGAAGAAUGACGACUUCGAGAAGAUGCUGCUCGACAGGCUCUUGAUCUUUGUCAGGCUUGAGAGCAUGAUGGACGGCUAUUCUGAUUCCGAGGACUACACCUUGACAGAGCACAGGACAGAGAGAUCCACCAGCGCGUUGCUGACAACCGCAAAGGCUGGGAGCAACACGAUGUGCUCCGCCACUGACCUGAGCUACUCAUCCCAGGAUUCCAUCGCACCGGCUAAAUCGCCGCUUAUGGGAAACAGCCUGACAAGGUAUUCGAGCCAGACGUUCGGUGACGAGCUGGAGUUCCUGAACAGCUGUAAGGACGCGGGCGUCGUGCACAUCCUCGGCAACACCAUCGUCCGUGCGCGCAGAGAUUCAGGGAUGAUCAAGAAGAUCGUCGUGGAUCAUCUGUAUGCUUUCCUCAGGAAGGUCUGUAGAGAGCACAGCGUGAUGUUCAAUGUUCCUCAUGAAAGCCUUCUGAAUGUAGGCCAGAUAUACUAUAUAUGAACACUCUUGCCGCUCUUAUUUGGUUUUGAUUCGGAGUGAGCAGCAGCUGUGUAGGGCAGGUGAACAUUGUAGUAGAUGGUCCGUUCUUGAGUGAGCUUCAUUCUGUUCUUGUCGGGAA